AUGUCCGCUUUCCAUAUUUUUUUUCUAGCAGUAGAAGCCAGUGUUUUCAGCAUGGUAUCAAAAAGCAUCAAUAACUGCAUAGUGAGGCACCUGUCCACUUUGGCCUGGAGGAACCAGAUGAUUUUGCAGAAGAUUCACUGCACAUCAUCCAAAGCUGAAGACUUGAACACAAUACUUGAUCGUUUCAGAUCCCUUGGUUUACUGUUCAAGAGAUGCACUCUGUUACUACCAACCAACGAAAGACUGAAGUUUAUUUAUAACACCUUUUCACAGAUCCCCUGUUUCAUGAUUGAGCAAUGUGAUGCACUACGUUUGUGCCAAGGUUUCACUUGCUAUGGAGUGUUAUUGCAGACGCUGAUAGCUGGUUGGGAUGAGCUGGAAUGUCACCGUGUAUUUAACUUUUUGUGUAAAACCACACAUCUUCCGUGGAAAAUAGAGGUAGCUGUUACAAGCAACCCAGAGGAUUGGCUGUUUCACAUUCUUACUACAGUAAGUGACAAAAGUCAUUUAUUAGAAAAUUUUGUUGUCAAAGGUGUCAUGUUUGAUCAGUGGAAAAACAGAAGGGAUGCUUAUUUCAGGCUUACAUGCAUCUUCAGACCCUGGCCAAUCAUCAGCCAAGCUCGUCUACUAUUUAUCCUCUUCGGCCCACUGCAGUCAGAUGGGAAGCUAGGCUGGCAGGAUGUGCGGGAUGAUGCAGUUGUGCAUGGUGCUCUGUGGGAUUUGGCCAAGGCAAUCAUGCUCCUCUAUGGAAACACAGAUAACAAAAGCUGGAGCACUAACACAGUUCUUGCCAUCAUAAAUGAGAUCAUGGUAAUGCCACAGCCAUGGCAUAUGGAGAACGUGGCACAUCUGCUCAUCCUGUGUGGGAACAAUAUCUGCUACAGUGUGCUAGCUAGCAAGGCUAUCAAUGGAAGACUCUUUGAGAUCUCCAGACUCCUGAUUUUUCUUAUUCUGGUGAGUGAGGAGGAUGGUUACUGCAUGAACUGGGUAGUUAAGAUGAUCCAGCAGGUGUGUCAGGUUUUCUCCGUGGCCUUGGAGAAGCAGUCCUUCAUUGAGAGAUUGGAGAAUAUGUUCUCCGAGGUCACCAUGGAACUUGUUGAGCGUGUAAUUGCAGGUGAGAACAGACCACAGGGCUUAAAAUUCAGCUUGUCUCAUGGAGAAUUUAAACCAACUGUUGUUAAUGCUGAGCAUAAAACUUGGACACUUAUAAAAGCCUUUUAUCUUUUUACUCUUUCAGCUUUUGUAAGACAUCGAAAUGGAGAGCUGGGCAGUGCAUUAAGAAGUCUGAACAGCCUCUUGAUUGCGAAUGCCCAUUUCCACGCAGAGAUUGUCUGUAUAUUUCUCAAGAAAGAAUGAGCUUACGACAAGACAUUGAAAGAAAUUCACAGGUUAGAACAGACAGCCAAUGAGAAUUUAAUGUCAUGAAUACACAUAGUUCUUCACCAUUCAGUCAGUUUGGUUGAAUAGUCAGUCAGUACACCUUACAUUUGUAACAAUGUGUUAUUAAACAUAGUCCUGCUUGAGGCAGGACUUGGAUAUCCAGACAGAAAUGAGUGUAACUACGAAGUCCUAAGGCGCUGAACCAAGGCCUGAAAUAUGCGAUGGUUUUGAAAGUUGCAACAUCAUUAAUCUUGCCCAGCUUCAGUCCUCUUUUAUGUAUUCCUUCCAAGAUGCACAAUAUGUUGUUUACAGAUUUUGAGUUGAAUAAUUGAAAACUGGAAUAUAUCCUGUGGGAAAAAUAUAAAAAUAAGUAAAAAAUAGGGUGAGAAUUUUCUACAUUUUGCUAAAUGUUCUCUAGUUAUAAAAGAUGUUCUUCAGCUUGGUGCAGUGUAAAGCUUGUAAAGGAAAAUAAAAUAAAUAUGCAUGUGCUUUUCCUGCUUAAGGUGAUGCGCAGCUAAAAGUACAUAGUUUGUACUUCUGGUUCUU